CGGAAGCGACUGCCGUUACCCGGAAACGGUUUUGCGGAAAGAUGGCGGCCCGCCGGGAUGCCCCUGACCUGCCGGACUUCGACAUUUUGAAACGUCUCGCCCGGGACCAGUUGAUCUACUUGUUGGAGCAGUUACCGGGAAAGAAGGAUUUGUUCAUUGAAUCUGAUCUGAUGAGCCCACUGGACCGGAUUGCAAAUGUCUCCAUUCUGAAGCAACACGAUGUGGAGAAGCUGUACAAACUAGAAAAUAAGCUGACUCAGGCAGUCAGCGACCAAUUAUGUUUUCUUGUCCGUCCUCGGAUUUCCAGUGUAAAGCAUAUAGUAGAGAUUGUCAAAGCAGAUAAAGCGGAUAGCAGGUGGCGCAAAUACAAGAUCAUCUUCACUCCUCAGAAGUUCUAUAUGUGUGAGACGGUACUGGAGGAGGAGGGCAUCUUUGGAGAUGUGACAUGUGAUGAGUGGUCCUUUCACCUACUCCCCCUGGAUGAUGACAUCAUAAGCAUGGAGUUGCCUGAGUAUUUCCGUGACUAUUUUUUGGAAGGUGACCAUCGCUGGAUGUAUACAGUGGCAAAGGCUUUGCACACAUUGCACUCUCUGUUUGGACCAUUCUCCAAGACCUACGGGAUUGGUCGCUGUGCAAAGAUGACCUACCAGUUGUGGAAAGAAAUUGUGGAGGAGGUAGAGGAUGAACGGAAACCAGAGCCGGCCAGCAUUGGUCGAGUUUUCUUCAUUGACCGAGAUGUGGAUUACGUUAGCCCCAUGUGUUCGCAGGUUGUUUAUGAGGGACUUGUGGAUGAUGUAUUCCGAAUCAAAUGUGGGAGUGUGGACUUUGGCUCUGACGUAACGUCUUCAGAUAAAAGUGUGAAACUGUUACUGAACUCCCAGGAUAAGGUUUUCAGAGAGAUUCGGAAUGAACACUUCUCCAACGUGUUUGGGUUCUUGAGUCAGAAAGCAAGAAGGCUCCAAAAGCAAUAUGAUAAAUGCCAAGGGAUGGACAUUAAACAAAUGAAGGACUUUGUGUCUCAAGAACUAAAGAGCUUGAAGCAGGAGCAUCGAUUAUUGAGUCUUCAUAUUGGAGCCUGUGAGUCGAUCAUGAAGAAGAAGACAAAGCAGGACUUUCAGGAGUUGCUGAAGUCUGAGCACGCACUGUUGGAAGGAUUCGAGAUCAGAGAGAGCACCAGCUGCAUUGAGGAGCACAUUAACAGGCAGAUUUCUCCCCUUGAGAGUCUUCGGCUGAUGUGUCUGCUUUCACUAACAGAAAGUGGUCUGAUUUCUAAAGAUUAUCGAUCAUUGAAAACACAGUAUCUGCAGAGUUAUGGAUAUGAGCAUCUCCUGACAUUUGCCAACCUGAAACAGAUAGGACUGCUGACAGAGCAGCAACCUGGAGAAACACUGACGGCGAUGGAGAGCACCAUGGGGAGGCUGGUGACGGACAAAGCAGUGGGGAAAUUGACUGAUGCCUUCUCAUCUCUGGCCAGGAAAAGUCAUUUCAGAGCCUUGAGCAAGCGGCUAAAUCUGAUACCCCGCACAGAGGAAGAAUAUGAUUUGAAAGUGCCACGAGACAUGGCUUAUGUAUUUAGUGGUGCAUAUACUCCACUGAGCUGUAAGAUCAUAGAACAGGUGCUGGAGCGUGACAGCUGGGCAGGAAUGGAGGAAGUGUCGCGUUUAUUAAACGGCAAUGAGUUUGUCACCAUUGAAAGAACCGACGACACAGCAUCCAGCAGCAAUGCACAGCGGGUCAUUCUUGUGCUUUUUCUUGGAGGCUGCACAUUCUCAGAAAUCGCUGCACUGAGGUUCCUGGGCAAAGAGAAAGGAUAUAAGUUUGUUUUUGUUACCACGGCAAUCACAAACAGUUUUCGGAUGCUGGAAUCUCUGUUGGAAACACACGUGUAAAAGUACAUCAGCCAUUUCCAAGCAAGACCUCAGUGAAGGAAAUGUGCAGAGGAUGGUGGGGGAGGGGUGGGUUGAUGAGACUGCUUAAAACUAGUAAUAAAUGCAAAAGCAAAAUCUCCCUUGUCCCCUUCUUAAGUCAGCUGGAUGGAGUCUUGGCGGUCAAAGUCAAGUUCUGAAGGAACUUUGGACACGGCCCGAGUAUCUCCAUCUUGGCUACCCUUUUGGUGCCGAUAAGUUGGAUACACAGUGUGAGUAAAGAGCUCAGUUUACUUACCGCCAAUUCUUUAAUAGGUAGGCAGAAAAAUUUAUGGAUGCAACUUCUGUUUCAGGGAGUGCAUGAUAUAUAGUGAUAAACAAGGUGCAAUUACCUGGGCAGAAGCCUUGAAAAAACUGGAUUUGAAUAGCAGCAAACAGAAACAUGAGGAAAUAGGAACUGGCCUCUCAAAGUGGCUCUGUCAUU